UCCCAAUUUAGAGUAAUAAAACUGCACCGUCUUGUUAAUAACUGUAAUCUUUGUUGUAAUGCGCUUCAUGAACACUAGAUGGUGGUAAUAGUGAUGGUGUGCUCGCGGCUCACGCAUCUUAGCGGUGAAGAAGACUAUCGGACCAUGUACAAGGUGGGAGGGGUAGCUGGAGUCUCGGGGGCUCUGGGAAUGUUAUCGGCCUCUUUCCUGGCCGGCAGCAGUGAUGAUAAACCCAGCACAGCUCUGAGUGUGGACGAGUUGUCUCUCUACACGACACCGCAGGAGAGGUUCAGAUAUGUGGAGCCUGAGAGAGGGCAGGUGGAAGAACGUGUCGCCACAUUAAGAAAACUGGCAGAGCCUUAUACAGCCUUGUGCCAGCAAACAGCCGGCUCAGCCAGACAGAAAGUUCAGGGUGUCUAUGGAGCAGUGAAACUCAGGUUGGACAGUACUGUACAGUUUGGACAAAAUAACUAUGCCUACCUGAAGAACCCUCCACCUGAGUUUUACCCAAGAGCGGGGGUCAUUGGCUUCGCUGGGAUCAUUGGACUUUUCCUUGGAAGAGGGUCCAGGCUGAAGAAACUUGUCUACCCCAGCGGACUCAUGGCCGUGGCGGCGUCUCUUUACUAUCCAAAAGAAGCUGUAACUAUGGCAAAGGGAACAGGGGACACUAUGUAUGACUGGGCCCUGCAGGCAUUUGUAGCUGUGGAGAACUUGUUAAAAGAUAAGCCCAGAGUUCAACAGAAGGCCGGUCUAGCCGAAAAGAAUUCUAGUGGAGACACCAAAGCUUAAGGUUCUUGCUUCUUCCGGAUGAUUCGGUGACAGUGUGAGGGUUUGUUGUUGCAUUGCAAAUACAGGAUCUCCCAUGUCAUGUUUUUGCACAACCUGCUUCCUCUUUCAUCUGUGAGUCAUCAUAGAAGAGUUAUUGGUGUGAAUGUUUUAGACUACUGCGAUUGUAUUAUAAAAGCACUUAAAUAAAUGUGAUCUUGUGGUUUGA